CUGCUUUAAUGUCAACAAAACAUUCAGAAAUAGCUUAAUCUUACAUUAAAAAAAAAGAAAAGAUAAAUCAGUAGAUACCUUUUACAUGAACAUUUAUUGAUUGAUCUCAACCAUACCUUUGCUCUUGUGUGUUAAUAAUUAUACAGAGUGCUACAGUAUACGAUUGUGGGACACUGAGUGAUCUCGCUAUCGCUGGCAACCAUGAGACUCGUAGUCGGUUUUCUUUCUCUGCUCACUGUGUUCGGCCCUGCAGAAUGUGGGAAUGUUUUAGUCUGGUUUACUGAGGGCAGUCACUGGAUCAAUCUGAAGAUUGUGUUGGAAACGUUGAUUGACAGGGGACACAGUGUCACUGUGCUGGUGCCAGAUGCCUCUCUCUUCAUGCAUGCCAAAGAAUCAGAUCGCUUCUCCUACCAGCCAUUCAAUGUGUCUAUAUCUGCACGGGACAUAGAGGACUCCUUUGAGGAUUUUUUACAUUUCUCAAUGUAUGAGAUGGAACAGUUAAACUUACUGCAAAUUUAUAUCAAGUUCUACCAGCUUUUCUCCAAAGAUCUAGAUUUGUGUUUUACAUACUGUGAUGGUACUCUGAAGUCUCCAGCGUUGAUCGGCAAACUGCAGCGUGGGAAGUUUGACGUCAUGCUGUCGGAUCCGAUCUAUCCAUGCAGCGAGGCUUUAGCUGAAAAGCUGAACAUUCCCUUAGUUUACACAUUACGGUUCUCUAUCGCCAACACUUUAGAGCGCAUGUGUGGUCAGAUACCAGCUCCACCAUCAUUUGUUCCUGGAACAAUGAGUAAACUCACGGACAAGAUGAGCUUUACAGAGCGAAUCAAAAAUAUGCUCUUCUACCUUUCUCAAGAUGCUUUGGCCAUUAGUCUGUGGAAAAAAAUCGACAACUAUUACACUGAAUAUUUUGGACGGCCCACUUCCUAUUGUGAGAUGAUGGGUAAA